CCCUGGAUUGGCCGGGACCUGCCCUGGGAUGGGGGCCGAGGGGCUGGCCUAGGCCCGGGGGGACUUAUGGAGCCCUAGGCCCGGCCCAUGCUGUGCCCCGCCCCUUUCCCUUCCCAGCGUCUGGAGUGGGGAGCGUAAGGAUGCCCCCAGGGACCUCCUCCUGGGACCCCAGCCGAGGGCCCAGCAGUUUGCUUGAACGCCCGACUCUGGCAUCUUGUGGGAAGUGCCAGAUCUGGGCCAUGGCAAGGCCUCAGGGCCAGCCCGCGAGAAUCAUUAUGAGUGCUAAGCUAGGUUACCCUUUUGCCACUGGCAACAGCACCUUUAUAUUUCUGGCGCUAUGUCAGGCACUGGGAAUUCGUAAGAUAUUGUUCCAAGUUUCAGGGUCAAGUUUGGGAGCCAGAUAAAAACAAAUGAGUGCUCCUGCGAUGUAUGAAUCAGUCAUAUAUGUAUGAACUGUUCAAGGGGCAGUUGCUGGGGAGGCUGAAGAAAGAAAGUGACUUCUCAAUUUUAUUUGUUGGAGAGGAUAAGGUGGAGAAGGGCUUUUCCUACAGGAGGAACAGUUGCAAUGCUGUGAAGGAAUGACUGAGCAUAACUUGUGUGGGAAGAGGAGGAGGGGGGCGCGGGGCUCUUGUGCAGAGGAUGAGAUAUGAGGCUGGGAAAGUAGACCGAGGUCCAGAUAGUGAAGGUUUAAUCCUAAAGGAGGUGGGUACUUUUUGAAGAAUUUUGAGCAGGAGACUGGUAUAGUCGGAUUUGCACUGUAGAAAACCAUCUUGUUCUGGAGGUCAGCCUAUAGGAUAGGAAUUUCUAUAAACUGAUUCUGGACUGUUUAGCUAAAGUCUAGAUGCUCUCAUUGGAGAUUCUUUUGAAGGAGUAGUGGGAUCCGUCUAGUGAGAAGUAAUGAAAUCCUGAAAUGGAGUUAUGACAGUGUUAUUGGAAAGAAGGCAGGUAAUGCUGUAGUGAAUGCUGUAAAGACUCCAUAAUAAAUUGGAUGUUGAGGGUGAAAGAAGUAUCAAAGUUGAGACUUAGGUUUUAGGCCUGUGGUGUUUGAAGAAUGUUAAUGCCAUUAUCAACAAUAAAACCAUAAGCCUAGUGUGGAGGACAAAUUCAUUUUGGGGAUAUGUCGACUUGAAGGCCUAGUGAGAUAGCCACAUGGAGCUGUCCAGUAUAGAGUUGGAAAUGCAAAUCUGCAGCUCAACCUAAAUGCUGUGGCUAGAGGUAAAGGUUUGAAUCAUCUUAGAGCAUAGAGGUGGAAGCCAUGGGAAUAGCUGGCAUCAGGAAGGGGUUAUUGAGAAAGAAGGGAAUAUUGGGGGGAAAUGGUUGCAUUUACAAAGCAAAAAGAAGAGUUAGAACUAAUAGUAGUUGGUGUAGUAGCAGAAACAGAAGUAGAUGAUAAAAUAUAAGAAGUAGAUGAUAAAUAUAAGGGUUCCAGCAACCAAGAAGACUCAGAAAUCAAGAGAAGAGAAUGCUGAGAAGGGUCCACUGGGACAGUUGAUGCAGAGCAUUAGGAGAAUGAGGGGGAAAAAAGAUGGCAUUUCUUUAUCAAGAGAUCAUGAGUGACCUUUUACAAAGCUAUUUUAAUAGAGUGAUGAGGUGAUAAUAUAUGAAAUAAUGCAGACCUCAAGUGGUUUGGUGUCAAAUGAGAAUGAAAAAAAGGCCACAUAUGAAGGAUUUCACCAAAAAAAAAUUGACAGGCUUUAUUUACUUACUUACCUAGCAUUUGCUUAUAGAGCACAGUUCCAGGCACUAUUCUAAGUUCUUUUAAAAAUUAACUUAGUUUUUAAAAUGAAUUUACUCUAAAAUUAAUUUAAUUUCCCAUAACAACCCUAUGAAGUAAUAUUCUUUGACAGGUAGGAAAACUGAAAAACAGAAGUGGUUAAGUAGCUUGCCCAAGGUCACACAGCUAGUAAGUGGUGGAGCAGGGUUUGAGUCUAGGAAAUAUUGUUUUACCCACUGCACUAAGCAGUGAUUGAAUAUGGGAGUCAAAAGAAUGGGAAAAAUUUAAGCAAAGAUAGACUCAAUUAAUUAGAAAAUGGAGAGGCUUGGAAGGAGAUCCAGAUUGAGAAGAAGUCUGUUGGAAAGAGAGACUAGUGACAAGAAACUAUUAAAGGAUAAACUGUGUGGCCUGGAAAUAAGAGUUUAUCAAAGGGAGACAAUACAGUGGGCUGAGACAUUAAGGAAAACUUCUUAAAUAGAAUAAUUUUUCCUCAUAUUCUUGGACUACAGCAGACAAAUCAAGCACUUUCCUGAGAUACCUGUUUGACUGCUUCUGUUGGUCUGCCAAAAUGUCUGAAAGAUCAGAUCUCCUUCACUUCAAGUUUGAAAAUUAUGGAGAUUCAAUGUUACAAAAAAUGAACAAAUUAAGAGAAGAGAAUAAAUUUUGUGAUGUUACAGUUCUCAUAGAUGAUAUUGAGGUACAGGGGCAUAAAAUUGUGUUUGCUGCAGGUUCCCCCUUCUUAAGAGACCAAUUUUUACUGAACGAUUCCAGAGAGGUGAAAAUCUCCAUAUUACAGAGUUCCGAAGUGGGGAGACAAUUGCUCUUAUCCUGUUACAGUGGUGUGCUGGAAUUCCCUGAGAUGGAACUGGUAAAUUACUUGACGGCUGCGAGUUUUCUUCAGAUGAGCCACAUUGUAGAACGGUGCACACAGGCCUUGUGGAAGUUUAUAAAGCCAAAACAACCAAUGGAUAGUAAAGAGGGAUGUGAACCGCAGAGUGCUUCUCCCCAGUCAAAAGAACAUCAGGGAGAUGCCAGAGGCUCCCCAAAGCAGGACUCACCUUGUAUCCAUCCAUCUGAAGACAGUAUGGAUAUGGAGGACAGUGAUAUUCAGAUUGUUAAGGUAGAAUCUAUUGGGGAUGUAUCAGAGGUUAGAAGUAAAAAAGAUCAGAACCAGUUUAUUUCUUCUGAACCCACUGCUUUACAUUCAUCAGAGCCCCAGCACUCCCUGAUAAAUUCAACUGUGGAAAACAGAGUAAGUGAAAUAGAACAAAACCACCUCCACAAUUAUGCCCUGUCUUACACAGGCAGUGAUAACAUCAUCAUGGCCUCAAAAGAUGUCUUUGGGCCUAAUAUUCGAGGUGUAGACAAAGGCCUACAGUGGCAUCACCAAUGCCCAAAGUGUACCAGGGUGUUUCGUCACCUGGAGAACUACGCCAACCAUUUAAAAAUGCACAAACUCUUUAUGUGUCUACUCUGCGGCAAGACUUUUACUCAGAAAGGCAACCUUCAUCGACACAUGCGUGUGCAUGCCGGCAUUAAACCUUUCCAGUGUAAAAUCUGUGGGAAAACCUUUUCUCAGAAGUGUUCCUUACAGGAUCAUCUUAACCUUCACAGUGGAGAUAAGCCCCAUAAGUGUAACUAUUGUGACAUGGUUUUUGCACAUAAGCCAGUUUUGAGGAAACACCUUAAACAGCUGCAUGGCAAAAACAGCUUUGAUAAUGCCAAUGAAAGAAAUGUGCAAGACCUCACAGUGGACUUUGAUUCUUUUGCAUGUACAACAGUCACAGACUCUAAAGGGUGUCAGCCACAGCCUGAUGCGACACAGGUCCUGGAUGCAGGGAAAUUUCAAGUUGGAGUGCUUCCUCUGCUUACAUUCAUGUCCUGUUUUUGUUACUGGUUUGAAGACUAAAAGGCAUGGGUUCAAAUAAGAUUGGUCUCUUUGGUUGGAGACUAUUCCUGGAUUCAUUCAGACAUUCAAGAGACAUUUAUUGAACACCUACUAUUGCCAGGCACUAUGCUAGAUACUGAGGAUAUGAAGGUAAGAUUGCUAUGGUCCCUGCCCUCACAGAGCUUACAGUCUCAUGUAGUCUUAGUGAGAUAAGGUGUCAAUUUGGUUUUAUCCUAGGAAGAAUAAAGAAAACUGCCUUGCUUUCUUUGAUCACUUUAAAUUAGCAUCUUGAUGGUUUUAUAUCACUAAAUCUUCUAGUUCUCACCUUUUUCAACUGCAAACUACUGACAUGGUUUACAGUGUCUCCCAUUUCUUGGCUGGAGAGGUGUUCUGUUUCUGUGAGACAUUUUCUUAAUUUUGGUGGUACUUGACUUUUCUCUUUCUUUGUUUAUACAUGUUUCUUAGAUUGUAUUGCAAAGUGGUCAAGUUACUGAUAUCAAAUAUGUUUUACAGGGGAAGAUGACUUUCAAAACUAGUCGUAUUCUUGUAGAGGAGGAAGAUUUUUUAAAACCUUAGACAUUCAGCAUUUGUAUUUUAUGGAUCCCCAGGAUAACUAAAAAGGAGAGAGGGCUCUCUUUACCAUAGUUUGGUUUUAAAAAAAUUACUGUGUCACAGUUAUUUAUUUAUUAUUUAAUUUUAAAGGCAAACUCCAAACUGAAGUGGCUCUGAGGUAAAUCAGAUGUAGUUUUAAUUUGUUUUAGUUUCUUUAUUAGAAGGUCUAUAAAUGGAGGGUGACCAGUGUCACUUCUUCUAAGAUAUUAUCCUAAACAAACAACCCAGAACAUUUAUUUCAGCUGGUGAAUAGCUGUUCUAAUCUGUUGUAUGUUAGACAUACU